GAUGAUUGUACAACGCAAUGUUCCAGAUGCUUGCAAUUCUUUUGUGUGUAACAGCUUUUUCUUGGUUCGCCUUGACCUCCUACUAUUCUCUUUUGCACUUCAUAUUAUUGAUAGAUCUCAAUAAUGAUACCACUGUCUCGAGUAGAUAGCGAUGACCGACCGGCUGGACUCAAACUAGCUCGCAACAACACUGGCUAUGCUUAUUCUUCGACAACGAACACUACGGCUACACAUACUGAAAAUGCAGCGGGCGGAUCAUUAUUUGACGAUGAUCUACAAUGGCUGGACCAACGCUCGCGUGCAUCUAUGGAGAGCAGUUCCCGACGAAUAGAGUCGGGACGAUUUCAGCAUCCGUCGGUACCUGCACGAUCACCGUUUCGUAUUCGAGAUUCGCAAACUUCGGUGGCUAGCAGAGCACCUUCUACUACUGUGACAAAGCCUUUUCAGAGUACAAAAUGGUCCCCAACGUUUGAAUCAGAAGAACCCAGGAACGUUAUAGAUAACCGCGCAAGUCUGUCAGUCGAAGUGGCACGCAUGUGGAAGCGGCAACCGGCAGUAGGAGCGAGCAAUGAUCAGGACAAAGGUCGUAAAGAUGAUAAAUCAAAGGAAGAAGGGAUGGACGGCUUAUUAGGACAACUGCUUGUAUCGCAAGCUCUGGUGGAUGCGGAGCUAUAUAAUACUUUGACUUUUGAGCAACUAAGCGAAUUGAAACAGCAACGGAACGAAUUGAAAGAGCGGAUUGCGUCGUUAGAGAUGCGAUGGGCCGUGGAUAAGCAAGUGCAAGAUGUAUCGCGAUCCCUAGUUCAGCUGGACCGGGAGCAUAAGAAUGACACGCCAUCCAGUCGAGCAGCAUCUGAGCUGAUCGAACUACUAAACGAGGAAGCAGUUAUCCGGCAAAAGAUUUUGGAGCACACUGCAGGUGCUUUGAAACUUGGCUUUGAAAGCUACAAAGAAGACGAGCAUCAGCAACAGAAGCUGGAACAACAGCAAAAGCCAGUGGAGAACAGCGGCAGGCUUAGAGAAGCAGAACAAGAGAUCGAAUCGUUAAAGGCACAGAUGAAACAAAUGACAGCCGCCAAUAGCCGGGAAACGAACCAGGAAAUUGAAUCCUUGAAGGCUCAGAUCAAACAGAUGACAACUGCGAAUGCACAUGAAACGGAUCGUGAAGUCGAGCGGCUCAAGGCACAGAUCCAGCAGAUGGCAGCAACAAAUAGCAGAGAAACGAAUCAGGAAGUUGACCGGCUGAAUGCACGGAUCAAGCAAAUGACUGCGGCCAUGGUUUCAUUCGGGGAGCGACAGGAUCUUCACGAAAUAUCAGAUAGAAGCGACGAGCAACAGUGGAUAUCGGCUGUGGAAAGUCAGUUUAGCAACUACAAGCUGAAGAUGCGACGCUUGGAGCGUGAGCUCGAGUCCAACGAGGAAAAGUUGCGCCUCGAAUCCGUGACGGCCAAAAAAAUCGAAACGCAGUUGCGGAUCAUGCAGGAUAAACGCGAUGCCGCGGAAACAAAGUACCGGGACAUGGAGAAGAAAUAUUUGGAUCGUGAACUAAAUAUCGAUUCAUAUGAACCUAAUUUACGUACAACUACGGUCUCUUGUGUUGCACUGAGCACCUAAAGACAAUAAGGAAAGACUAACACUUGAUUACACUUAGCAACAACACCAGCGCAACUACCC